AUGUUAGGCUGGGGCAAGAGGUCGACCCCGUCGGGCCUGGACAUGAGUGCCAGUGGGAUGUCCUCGCCUUCAAAGAAGGACGGCAGAGUAUCACUGUGGCUCAAGUGUGCUUUAACCGUUCUGCAACACACUACACCGCCAAUGAGUUCCUCGCUGAGCAAGCACAUUCGCAGGAAUGCCAGGGAGGAGGAGGCCCAGGAGGUAUCACUCGUGGGCAAAGUGCAGAACUCGGAUUCGGCUGUCGUGGUUGUACUUGGCGGCACCGACCUCCAGGAACCAGACAACACCUCGGCUGGAAAGUCGUCGUACGUGUUCAAGCCUCAGCUGAACCAAUGGCUCGCCAUUCCGCCGUUGCCCGAACCACGAAACUACCACGCCAUUGUUUACUACGCAGGCUGCAUCUACGUUAUCGGCGGCCGCGGCCCCGUGGUCGGGAGCAAGGGAGGACUAGGCCGAGCGCAGCGCUCGGUGUUCAAAUUCCACGUGCGCGAGAAGCGAUGGGAACGCGUGGCCGAUAUGCUGCACGCCAGGGCCCUUCACGGAGCCACUGUUGUCUACGAGAAGAUCAUGGUCGUUGGCGGCAAGGACGACAAGGAAGAGAUCCUAAGCUCUGUGGAGUUGUACAACCCUGCGUCGGACACCUGGGUUUCGUACCGCCACCUUCCACUGCCCCUCAUGGCCUGUGGCGUGGGCUUCCUGGGCGGCAUGGUGUACGUGGUAGGAGGGGUUACCACCAAGAAGCAGGUCUUCACCGGCAUGGCGCCCGCCGAGGUGUUGUCCACCGUGCACGCCACGGACCCCAACGAGCGCACCUGGGUACGACGCCCGAGCCUCCCGGAGCCCCGCGCCUACUGCACCGCUCUCACCAUACACCACGAACUGUGGCUCGCGGGUGGCCUCAAACCCUCCGGUCGCGACCCCACCAGUUUCACCGACCUUGUCGACGUCCUCGCGUUCGACUCCUUGCGGGGUCGAUGGGAAUUCCGCUUCAAACUAUCCCGUCCACGUCACGCCGUCGCGGCCGCCAAUGCCGACGACCGCGUCUACGUCAUCGGAGGAAUGACCUGCCUGGAGGGCGCGUCUGUGGAAGACGUGGACGUGUACCACAGACAGCGGCUCUGUUUCCUCGACUGUCAGUGCCUGCCUAGGAAGCUCACAGGACUGGCUGCCGUAACAGUACCGCCGGACACAAGGGAUGAAGCGGGUCUUAAGAGUGGCGCGAGCUCGAGAGCCCCGUCAUCGCUGAAACUGGACCAGGGCGACCAGGACAAGAGGCGGCCGCCGCACAAGCCUCCUAAAAAUUUGUACGCGGACAAAGACCGUUCAGCCGAGGAAAUCGAAGUGCCCCCAGAAGUUCGCACCAAGCUAACGCCUCGUCCCCGGCGGCCUAGAACAGACGCUGGUGACGUCGAGGAGAGCGCCGAGGGUAGAGAAUUUAUGUUCGUGCGGGCCACAGAUGCAUGA